GUGUGUGCGAGGUUUAUCGUAGUAGAUUAAGAGGAAAGGCAGUGCAGUGCCAUAACAGCAACAAACCUAAAGGUAACGGACAUGCUUCCUGUGGUGGUGGUCCACGGAGGGGCGGGCAGUGUUCCAAGUGAGCGAUCAGACAAGUCCACCUCUGGGGUUUGCUCAGCUGCUCAAGCUGGGUAUGUGAUCCUGCAGAAGGGGGGCAGCAGCAUCGAUGCUGUGGUGGAGGCCGUGACCCAGAUGGAGAAUAACCCCGUCUUCAAUGCAGGCUGUGGGUCAGUGCUGACCACCAGUGGGGAUGUGGAGAUGGACGCUAUUGUGAUGGAUGGAAGAACACUGGCUUCUGGUGCUGUUUCUGCUGUACGCAAUAUAGCCAAUCCUGUGCAGCUAGCAAGACUGGUUAUGGACAAGACGAGUCACAGCUGUCUGACUGCACAUGGUGCAAAUCAGUUUGCCCGGGCUAUGGGUGUCCCAGAGGUUCCCCAAGAGUCCCUCAUCACUGAAUACUCCCGAAUGCGUUGGAGACAAAACCUGGAACCUGAUGCCAACCCUGUGGAGUGCCAAAUGGGAAAGAUGGGCACCGUUGGAGCUGUGGCCGUUGACACAAAAGGCAAUGUAGCAUGUGCAACCUCUACUGGCGGGCUUCUCAAUCAAAUGGAAGGACGCGUGGGUGACACACCUUUCAUCGGAUGUGGAGGCUAUGCUGACAAUCAGGUUGGAGCAGUAUCAACCACAGGCCACGGAGAAGCCAUUAUGAAAGUUACACUUGCCAGGCUCAUCCUGUUUCAUGUAGAGCAAGGGCAGUCAGUGGAGGCAGCCAGUGACUUGGCCCUGGCCUACAUGAAGUCCAGAGUGCAGGGACUGGGAGGGGUGGUGACAUUGGAUCCUCAGGGUCGCUGGGCCGCUCGCUGCUCCAGUCUUCAAAUGGCUUGGGCUGCAGUCCAGAAGGACACGCUACAUUAUGGCUUAAAAGCUGGGGAGCACUUCACCCAAAGUAUUGAUGAACUCAGCUGAUAUAGGUUUGAUUAGUACUCACAAAAAACCCUCAAAAUGAUAGAAUCUAAUAAAUGUAACUAUUUUAGAUUUUCAAUGUGUUCUUUUGCAUUGGUUCAUUUUCCUGAAUCUCUUUUAGCAACAAUGCGUGUGAUUGCAAUUUGCUGUCACUAGAGGGUGCUGUUGCUACAUACAAUAUAGCACUGAAAAGUAAGAUGAUGUGUGGCGUCCACAGUCGAAAAACAUGGGUCUCUAAAUUGUGUGUAUGUCUGAUUUUAUAUACAUGGUGGGCCGAAAGUAAGGUUACAUUCAUGUCAUGUAAUAAACAUAAUGUCUAAUAUGUAAAUAUAAUGUAUGUAAUUGUAAAUGCAUGUAAAUAUAUGCCUAAUAAAUGAUAAAUGUCUGUUAACUGUAAUCCUAUUUUGGCCCACCCUGUAUGUGUCGUGUGCUUGGCUAGGGACCAGUGCAGACUGUGUUGUACCCCGCCUCUCGCCCGAAGCAGCUGGGAUAGGCUCCAGCUCACUCGCGACUAACGACGACAAGUGGUAGAAAAAGGAACGGUGUAACGGUGUGUGAUCUUUAACUUUUAUCACCUAUUGGCGUUUGAGCUCUAAGCAGUGUGGCGAACAACGGGGCAUAUUUUCUAUGGG